CCACAGCGUUGAGUGGCAAGUGAUUCGAUGUAAGCGACCUAACCACCACGUGGCCCCUACACAGCCUCCUAGAACGUAAAUAUUAGAACAAACGCAUUGAAUAAAAACAGAACAGGUUAAACUUCGUGUAUGUAAAAUCGCGUUUUUAAUGACUUUUAAAACCGUUCUGAAAUGUAAAAUAUUAAAAUUCAUUGUAUGUAUCGCGUAAAUGUUUAUUGAUUGGUGGAUCUUACAAUUUAGUAGUAAACUUAAACUAAACUGUGUAUUCAAUUGAAUAUGUGGACUGUGUGAUCAGAAAUCUUAAGGUCUGGGAUAAAACACUUACUGCCGAGUGACUUGCAGUCGAUCGAUGGCACCCGUAUGCGGUGCUUUUGUGCUAGGAUACAUGUAACAGACAUUUAAAGUAUCAGAUUGGGAUGAGUCUCUUUGAUCAUCCUUAAAGCAGUACAAACAGUAGUUUACACUGAUAUAAUAUUUCCGGCGUUUCAUAUACAUACAACCAUUUUAACUACUCAUCAAUGGGACAAACAGGGUCAAAGGACGGAUGGCGACCUCAAAGAAAUCCUUUCCAAGAGGAUGAAAUGCCACAUCCGAAACAAGUUAAAACGGACGAUGGAUCAUAUGUAUGGAUUGUUGAAGACAUGGAUCUCUUAAUGCGAUUUGUUUUCCUCGGGUCAGACACUACGUACAAUGCAUCAAACGAACAUCCGCAACGAAAGUAUGCUGAAUGUAUAGACAGACUGAUUCGUGACGGAAGAGGAGAAGCUGUUGUGCGUCGUAUAUCAGAGAUAAGUCAUUAUGGAUGGGCUCCAAGGCAGAAUUUCUUAAUAUUUGCACUUGCAGUCUGUGCGAGUUCAAACAACCUUGCAACUAAGUAGCUGGCUUACGAAAAGCUCUACACGAUUCGUCGCACUCCUACCCACCUUUUCUUGUUUGUUCAAUACUGCAAACAGGAAAAACAGGAAAGUGGUGUAAAAAUGGGCUGGGGAAGAGCUCAUAAAACAGCUGUAUUAAAAUGGUACGAAGAGAAAAGCAGAGACCCUGAAGGUAUCGCGCGUCUUUUAACUAAAUAUAAAGCACGUCAAGUGGCUACAUAUGAUGGAAAGAAGGGGAGAUGGUCUCAUAGGGUAAUUUUUCGGCUUGCUCACCCAUCACCGUCUGAUGAUCUGAUGAAACUGGUUGUGGCGUUUGUCCUGAAUGGCUUCGAGGAAGCUAAAAACCUAGCAUCAAAGACUUCAGGGAAUAAUGAGAGAGUUACGAAGUUUUUGACUUACAUUGAAGGAACAACGAAAGCAAUGAAAUGCACUGAUGAAGAUGAAAUGGUGGAGCUUAUCCACAAAUAUAAGUUAGAACGGGAACACGUUCCAACGCAAAUGCUGAACUCAAAAAGCGUUUUUGAAGCAAUAAUCAAGAACAUGAAGCCUGAAGCUAAGAUCCGUAGUAUCGGCAUGAUAUCUGCUAAAGGUUUUUGUGGCGAAAAGUCCGAAAUCGAAAAAGAAAUAAUAGAGACGCUUACCGAUGCUAAGAUUUUACAUGAUGCAAGGGUACAUCCACUAAAAGUGCUAUCGGCGUUAUUGCGGUACAAAAAUGGAAGAAGCUCAAAUGGGGAAACAAAAUGGACCGUGAAUAAGAAAGUUGUAGAGGCUCUAAACAAAGCUUUUUUAUCUUUUGAUAAAUACCUACAUCCGACAAAGAAGAGUUUACUGCUAGCAGUCAAUGUAAGCGACAGAAUGAAAGUUCCAUGUGAAGGUUGUCCUGCAGUGAAAUGCCACCAGGUAGCGGCCGCGAUGAUGAUGAUGACAGUUCAAACUGAACCCAAAUGUAAGAUUUUCGGGUUCUCUGAAGGUUUGUCACCAAUUUACCUUGCCAAGACAGACUCACUUUCUCAAAUUAUAGAGAAAAUGAAUUCACUGCAAGGGGGACAAGCUGAUAGUGCAAUACCAAUGAUGUGGGCAAAAGAAAAGAAAGAGAAGAUUGAAGUUUUUAUCGUGUACACUGACAACAUGCGUACCGGAGGACAAACUCAACCAUCAACGGCCUUAAAGGACUAUAGAAAAGAAAUGAAUAUGCCUGAGGCGAAACUAGUUGUGGUGACAAUGGCAUCCAAUAAAUAUGCAGAAGCAGAUCCUGAAGAAACUGAUUACGGAGCGAUGAACAUUGUUGGUUUUGAUGCUAAUGCGGCCGUGCUAAUAGCAAACUUCAUUGCUUGAAUAAUUGUCGUUUUGUCUUGCAACUCUCAGCGGCUUAUCGGUUGGACAGCUACUAAGCAAGUAUUUCAGAGAGAGAGAAACUAAAUGCUGUUCUAUAACAACGAAAUUUGAACUCUAAAGUAACGUUUGUGUCUGGUUUGAUAGCUAAUUUUGAGAUAUUGUAUAUAAGAACGACUGGAAUUUGUUUUUCUUGAAUAAACUGAACCAGAAUUACCGCCUUUGAACGAUCUGCGUCUACACCGGGUGGUUCUCUUACGCACGUAAUGGUGACACGGAGCAUCAUAUGUAAACAUGCAGGAAAGUAUGUGUUGUAUUACUUUAGAUAAAGCAUUGUACACUGUGCCGUUAAAUCAUUUUUAUUAGGUAUCAAAAGCGCCUUAAUGUAGAGGACCUCUUGGAAAAGAUGCCAUAUCCCUCUUACUUCAAGGAAUAAUGUAAAUCAUUUACGCUUCGUUAGUCACAUAUUCCCAACUGAUUUGUAACGUGUAAAUUUCAUACCACCAAUCUGACAUCAACAAUAACAUCAUGUUAAUUAGUGUCGUGGCGUUAAAAAGUACAUUUUUCAAUGUUACACAGCCAAAACAACGAAAUGUUUCUCAUUUAGUUGCUAAAAUGCAGAUGUAACAUAAAAUAGGCACUCACUCUAUUGCGCUCUUAUUUUGUGCAAAAUCUUUGCUAGAGAGAUCGUGCAUAUUUUCCGAUACAAAUCAAAUAACCUGUCAUUUUAAAGUGUAUUGUCUACUGAAAAAAUAAAAUAUAAAUUACAUGACAAAAAUAUAUUAUAGAUGUUUUAUUUUUUUACUUGAUAGUCUUCAAUGAUACGAUUUAUCAAAUCGCAGUCAAGAACAUGGCUUCUUGCAUACUUUUUUGGUCGUUUUAUUUACUAAUUAUUGUUUAUAUUUUCGCUCUAUCCAUUGAUAUUUUAAUAUAUUUUCUUUAGAAUUAAGAUAUGUAAGUGUGUUCGUUCCUUAUAUUUGAAAAUUCGCUAAAAGUGUAUUCGAUGUAACCAUUUUAUUUUACAUAAAAUAAAGAAGUGGGAAAACGGGAGGUUUGAAAUUGUUUCUUAGAACCGGAAAUUCGUUAAAAACAUGUUCGUUAUAAGAAAAGUUAUGUAUGAUGAGAGAUAAUUGUUUUUCUUGUUUUGUUCUGCUUAACUUUACCUUUGUAAUGAAUAAUACAUUUACGAUUACUCCGAGUAUUCUAAUAUAUACGAGGGGUGUUCAAAUAUGAAUGCAACUAGGCCAAUUUUCAGAAGUGCUUAACAAACAAUGCCAAAAUAAUUAUCUCAAUCCUUCAAAAUACUCACAACCAUGUGAUAUACAAAGUUUCAGUUUUUUAAUCCAAUAUUUAAAUUCGUUUUCAUAAUCUUUUCGAGGUAUACUGUUCAGACACUGGAAAAAAGCCGAACCGAGAUUUUUGCGCGUUUGAUAUUUUCUUCCAGCAAGGUGUUUUUGAGCCUCGGAAAUAGGAAAAUGUCACAAGGGGCAAGAUCUGGCGAAUGAAGAGGGUGAGGAAGCUCGACAACCUUUUCCUGUUUCAGAUAUUCGCGUACAUUGGCCGCUUUGUGUGACGAAGCAUUGUCAUGCAACGAUCGGACACCACGGAGACCAAGUGCUGGUCGACGGUUUGCGAAAUAUUUUUUUUUAAUUUAUGAAGGACCUUGCCUUUGUAAGACUUGGCAUUUACAGAUUUACCCCUUUUGUACGGUAAUUUGAAUAGCAGGACCUUGAUUUAUAAAGAAAAUUACAUACAUUACCUUUUUGACGCUCAUGGUGCGUUUUGCUAUGCAAGGUCUUUGGCUUCCUUUGGUUGCCCAUAUUUUGUUCUGUAUCUUUCGCUUGGGCUCAUAAAAGUGACUCCACGUCCCAUCGACAGUGAUCAUAUUGGCGAAAGAACGAUUGUUGUAUUAAGGGAACUGUUUCAACAAUUGACGAUUCUUACCCGAGCAAGUUUUUGCUCUUUUGUAAGGAGAUGGGGUAUCAAUCUGGCACUUGUCCUUUUCAUUUUUUAAUCACGUCUGAGAAUUGUAUGAGCAGCUUCUACUGGGAUACAAACGCCUUUAGCUGUAUGCUUAGUUGUAAAUCUUGUAUCGGUAGCAAUCAAAUCCUUUACUUUUUCAACUAUUUUUGGCGAAGUUGCAGUUUUCGUACAGCGUGCAUGAGGCGUAUCUUUUACAGAAUCUACACCACUUUUAAAUUUCUUACACCACCGUGUGACAGAUGAAAAAGAAUGUUCAUUGUUCCCAUAAACACGACAUAUUUCAUUUAAUAUGUGUUUCGCCUGUAUGCUAAAAAUACAGCUGUUCUUGAUAUAGGACCGUAUUUGGUCAGUGAAAGGAGACCUCUUCCUAACCAUUUUAACUUUAGUGUACACGAGUAGAUAGAGUUAUUCGAGCUAUUGUCAAAGCUAGACUAACGGAUUUAAAAACCUGCUCCAGUCCUACCUUUUAACCUUAAACCGUCACUGAAAAAAGCAUGAAAAUCCUGACUAUGAACUAUGAAAUAAAGUGUGGCGCGUGACCGUUAACUGUUACCUAUUGUAAUCAUGGGUUGCACACACACAAUAGGAUUUGAAUAGCCGCGGAGCAGGGCUUUAACAUGUAUUGUUUCAAUGGAUCUAUGCAAUGCAUGCAAUUUUUGUGUGCAAAUCUUGGUUAAAAGCGAGAUAUUGGCCUAGAUGCAUUCAUAUUUGAACACCCGUCGUAAUUGCAUGUUUUUAUACUCCCGUCUGAAAGACGCGAUCGGCCGGCGUCCACAAGCAUUGUUCGGUGCAUUUCUUCUUUAUGCAUGGAUGGAUUUCGUUGUAACCUGGCACAAAUGUUCACCAUCAUGAGACGGAGUUUCAUGUGCGAAAACCAGGUUCCUAGGUCUAAGGUCAAGAUCACACUUAGAGGCUAAAAGUCAACCUAAAAAAAAUGACUUUGUCCGGAGCAUUAUUUUCUUCUGGCCGUUGAAAAAAUUCAAAACCACUUUCUGUGGUACAACAUGCAUGUUAUAUCCAUUUUAAGUGUAUUUUGACCCAGCUCUACCUAGAAAGGAGCUUUGUGUGGAGUUGUAUUAUAUAGAACUGUUUUAGGAAUAACUUCCCUUUGUUGUUACUGUAAAUAUCUUAUAUUAUAACUUUUUUAUAAUUGGCAAAAAAAAUAAUCCAUAAUUAUGCAAAUACAAGUGCUAGUGUAAAGGAAUUUGCUAUGACGGGCGUAUAUUGUGACAUUCUGGCACUCUUGUUCAAACAUUUGAAUAUUGUUUUACAUGACAAAAAAGCAUGCGUAAUAUACAGUUACAUAGAAAGAGGCCUUGAUCUCACAUGCGGAUUCUGAAUUCAAGCUCUUUUAAUGGCAAUCAGUAUGUAAAUACAGAAAUAUUCAAGAGAGUAAUAGAAUUUUGUUAUUUUGUGUCAUUCCCUAUUAUGCUUCAUUGUAUUAUUAUUUGUUUUAUAUUGAUGACUCAUCGUUACUGCAAAUGCUGUCCAAGGUUUGAGACGGAGGUAGGAGAAGACCUUUAUAAGCUUAGCUUUCGGAUCUAAUCCUUUUUCAGCAUGUAUGAUAUCAAUAUUGUAAAUUGUAAAUUGUAGUAUGCACAUAUGUUUGAAAUAAAAUAUGUUUAAACUAAACUAAGGUUUGAGAUAUUAUGUAUUUCAAUAAGUUAUUUAUAUUCUACGGUUUUCUAGAGGGUUCCAGCAACAGGUUGUUUACAUUAUAGUAAAGUCUUGGUUAUUCUGGAUUUUUCCAGAAUAUUCUUUUUAUUCUAAGUGAUACAUGAAAGUGCUGGAACCUUCCAUGAUGCUUUAAAUUUCAAAACUGUCUGAGGGCAGGGCAAAUCCUAAAUAAGAUUUUACUGAAAAACGUAUUAGUAUUUCUAGAAAGCAAUAUAUUACCAGUUGUGCUUUCAAAAAAGAAAUUUAUCUUUAAGGAGAGGAUUCAAAUUUGUUGCAUAAACUAAAUACAGUAUAAAUACUGUGAGGAAUUCGCAAUUAUUACUAAUUCGAUCGAAAUUUUACUAGGACAGGAUUUGGAAUAUUCUAAGACUGGAUUUUACGGCUAGUUGACAUUUUAAAGGCAUUUUAAUUGUUAAUAUUUGUUAUAAACUUCGUUAUGUUAAUAGUUGCUGGUUUGUUUUUCUUUUACAUUUAGUUCUUUAAGUAACAAUAAUCUAUUACUCUAGUCGUAACAAUAAUAAAUGGGGGCCUCCGAGCCGAGUGGUUUAGGUCGCUCUGACUUCAAAUCACUUGCCCUUCACAGAUGUUGGUUCGAGACUCACUCGGAGCGUUGCGUUCUUCAUGUGAGGAAGCCAUCCACUGGCUUACGGAAGGCCGGUGGUACUACCCAGGUGCCCGCUCGUGAUAUAAUAAUGAAUGGAGGGCAUGUGGGGUCUUCCUCCACCAUCAAAGUUGGAAAGUCACUGUAUGACCUGUAAUUGUGACGUUAAACCCAACAAAAAUAAGAUAACAAAAUUAAAAAUGUUCACACUUAUAAAAAAGGAAUGUCAUAGCAUUUUUAUAAGGUUAUCGGAUAUCUUUAUCAAUUGGUGAAAAUCUCUAGAACAGUCAAUAAUGACAGAAAUAACUUGUGUGGUCUUCCGUAUGUGACCUUCAGAAAAGUGUUAUUUGUUGCUAUGGAUGCAUUUAGCAAAUAUUCAACGCUGAUUUAUUGUAAAAAAAACCUUUGCACAUAACCUUCUGUUUCAGUCAAUUUCAGUAAUGGGAAAUACUACGCUUGUAAGUUAUGGCAUUUGAGUUAGCCAAACGUCAUAUUUUGUCCACAUGUUAUAAGUUUACGGACAAUAUUGAUUGAAAGGGUAUAACUGUUUCAGUUAUACUAGAGUUAUUACCCUUGAAUCAGUUAAUACUGCUCCUUUGCAUAUUUAUUUAUAAUAGUUUUAACCGCCUCGAUUGAGUCGCAUUGAGUUAUUGCCCUUUAAUUAUUCAACAAUAGUACAUGUAUAAUAUAAAACAAUUCUUGUCCGAAGAAUUUGUCAGCAACCAGUGUUUGGAAUUCAGCCAUACGUCAGAAGAAAUUUUUAUUGUCUUAAUAAGAAUUGCAUACUAUCUUCUUGUACUGGUCAGAUGAUUUAUCACAGUGUUAUAGACAUCUAUUAUUCAACAAUAUUAUACUAAGGUACAUCUCUUGUCUGGUGUGUUCCACAACAACCAAUGGUUGGAAUUUAUUGUAACUUCAUAGAAAACUUCACUAUCAUGAUGAGAUGAACAUAUUGUUUUCAUUUUCCGGUCGGAUGAUUAUUAACCGAGUUAUUACCCUUUGAUUAUCCAACAAAAGUAAACUAUAAUACAAUUCUUGUUCAGAGUAUUUUAAGUACCACUGGUUCUUUAUAGAAGACUCCACUAUUAUGAGUAGAUGCGCAUAUCAUCUUCAUUUUGCGGUCGAAUGAUUUGCCACCAAAUUAUUGCCUUUGGACUAAUUAACAGUAGUAUACUAAAGUACAAUUCUUCUCAGCUACUAUUAGUCCGAAUUUAGCGAAACUUCAUAGGAAGCUUAACUAUUAAGAGGAAAUGCGCAUAUAAUCUUUUUGUUUGGGUCGGUUUAGUUUUCGCUCAGUUAUUGCCCUUAUUAUUCAGCAAUAGUAUACAAUAGUACAAUUCUUGUCUGAAGCAUUUCUCAGGAAACAUUGGUAAGCGCUUAGCCAUUCUUCUUAGAAAAGCUCAUCAUCUCUAGGAGAUGCGCAUAUUAUCUUGGUGUUCCGGUCGGAUGAUUUUCACAUAGUUAUUGUCCUAGAUAAUUAAACAGUGAUAACCUAUAGCACAAUACUUGUCUUGAGUAUUUCCCAGCGAUCACUGGAUGGAAUUUAGCCAUACUUCAUAGGAAAUUUUACUAACAAGAGAUCGAGAUGCGCAUAUUAUCUUUGUAUUUCUGUCAAAAGUUUUUUUCACUUAUUGCCCGUUGAUAAUUCAACAUUAGUGAGCUUUAGCGCCAUCAUAUUAUUUCACAGCAACUUCUGCCAAAUGCAUAAAAUGCUUCUCUCUCUAGAGGUGAUGUGCAUAUUUUCCUUAUCAUCCGUUUGAAUGAUUUUUAAUGAGAUAUCGCCCUUUGAUUAUUCAAUAUUAGUAAACCAAUGAAUUCCACUUUUUUCUUUUCAUGUGCAAUUUUCGAGGAGCAUCCAUCGGUUUUACCGAUAUUUUCUUGUUUAUAUUUAUCUAUUACCGCGUGAAACACAACAACAUCUUGGUUUAUAUUGUUGCAGUUUUCAAACUUGCCAUCGCGUUUCAACAACACAAUAAAACGCAUAUUCAUAUAUUUCUUUUUUUUUUUUAUAACGCUGCAGUGAAUUUUACCCGAAAGCAUCACAUUUAGAUGGGAAAGUUAUAAUUGGGAUUUCUUGCCUUCAAAUAUGUAGGGGUCAGUAUAAUA